UAUUUUAAUUUUUAUUUUUAUCUUAUUUUUUUUUUUCUUUUUAUCUCUCCUAAUCUUGGUUAAUUACAAAACAAAAUGAAUUUUGACGAAAUCGAGGAACAAGAUGGAAUUCGUUUCUCCUGGAACGCUUGGCCAUCCUCACGUACCGAAGCUACCAAAGCAGUUGUGCCUAUUGCAUGUUUGUACACUCCUUUAAAAGAACGAGAAGACUUUAUCGAAAGUCCAAUUUGGUACGAGCCUGUUACUUGUAAAGCACCUUGCCGAGCCAUCUUGAAUCCUUAUUGUCAAAUUGAUGUUCGCGGUAAACUUUGGAUUUGUCCUUUCUGUCUUCAGAGAAACGCGCUCCCACCUCAUUAUAAGGACAUUUCUAAUACUAAUCUUCCUGCAGAGCUUUUACCAAAAUAUACAACUAUUGAAUAUAACUUGAACCGUGUUGCUCAAAUUCCACCCAUCUUUUUAUUUGUUGUCGACACUUGUCUUGAAGAUGAAGAUCUUAAGGCUCUUAAAGAAUCUUUAAUUGUCAGUCUAAGUUUAUUGCCUGAAUAUGCGUGGGUUGGUUUGAUUACAUUCGGUACAAUGACUCAAGUUCACGAAUUAGGUUUCUCUGAUUGUCCUAAAUCCUUUGUUUUCCGUGGAACAAAAGAAUAUGCUGCAAAGCAAAUUCAAGAAAUGUUGGGUUUAACUAAUAAUUCUGCACGUCCCCUUCCAGGUCAACAACCUAAUCGUCCCGGUCAACCUCCUCAAAUGACUAUGGCUGCUAAUAGAUUUUUAUUACCUGUAAAGGAUUGUGAAUUUGUUUUAACAUCUAUUUUGGAAAAUCUCCAACGUGAUCCUUGGCCUGUCGCUGAUGAUAAGCGUCCUCAAAGAUGUACUGGUGUUGCCAUGAGUGUUGCUGUUGGCCUUUUGGAAACUACUUUCCCUAAUACAGGUGCUCGUAUUAUGCUGUUUAGUGGUGGUGCUGCUACUGAAGGUCCUGGUAUGGUAGUUAGCAAUGAAUUAAGAGAGCCUAUUCGUUCUCAUCAUGAUAUUGAAAAAGAGUCUGCUAAACACUAUAAGAAAGCUACGAAGUUCUAUGAAUCACUCUCAAAGAGAGCAACUCAGAAUGGACAUACGAUUGAUAUUUUUGCUGGUUGCCUUGAUCAAAUUGGUUUAUUAGAAAUGAGAUCUAUGGUUAAUAGUACAGGCGGCUUUAUGAUUUUGGCCGAUUCAUUUAAUACAGCUAUUUUCAAACAAAGUUUCCAACGUAUAUUCAUAAAGGAUAGUCAAGGACAUUUACAAAUGGGUUUUAAUGCUACAAUGGAUGUUCAAACUACUCGUGAGCUUAAAGUGUGUGGUUUGAUUGGUCAUGCAGUCUCUGCGAAUAAGAAAUCCACCUAUGUAGGUGAAACUGAGAUUGGUAUUGGUAACACUUCUGCUUGGAAGAUGUGCUCCCUUAACCAUGAAACAACUCAUGCAGUUUACUUUGAAGUUGUUAACCAACCUUCUGUUCCUUUCCAACCAGGAUCUCGUGGUUUGAUUCAAUUCGUUACUCAUUAUCAACAUUCAAGUGGUCAAUUCCGUCUUCGUGUCACUACUGUCGCUCGUAAUUUUGCCGAAGGACAAAGUCCUGAAAUUGCUAAUUCAUUUGAUCAGGAGACAUCUGCUGUCUUAAUGUCACGUAUUGCAGUCUUUAAGGGUGAAAUUGAUGAUGGACCCGAUGUUUUACGUUGGUUAGAUCGUAUGCUCAUUCGUCUCUGUCAACGCUUUGCUGAUUAUCGUAAAGAUGAUCCUCACUCUUUCAGAUUAUCUGAAAACUUCUCUAUUUAUCCUCAAUUUAUGUUCCAUUUAAGACGUUCUCAAUUUUUACAAGUAUUUAACAAUUCACCUGAUGAAACUGCGUUCUAUCGUCAUACCUUGAAUCGUGAAAAUGUUGAUUCAUCGCUUAUUAUGAUUCAACCUACACUCACAUCUUAUAGUUUUGAUUCAGAUCCUCAACCUGUAUUAUUAGAUUCUAUUUCUAUUCGACCUGAUGCUAUUUUAUUGUUGGAUACCUUUUUCCAUAUCUUAAUCUUCCAUGGUGAGACAAUUGCACAAUGGCGUAAUGCAGGAUAUCAAGAUCAGGAAGGAUAUGAGAACUUUAAGCAACUAUUGGAAGCUCCUGUUUUAGAUGCUCAAGAUUUAUUAACAGAACGAUUCCCUGUUCCUCGUUAUAUUGUUUGUGAUCAAGGUGGAUCCCAAGCUCGUUUCUUGCUUUCCAAAUUGAAUCCUUCUACUACUCAUACUUCAGGUAGUCCUUAUAGUGCCCCUGGUGGUGCUGUAGUUCUUACAGAUGAUGUUAGCUUACAAGUCUUUAUGGAGCAUUUGAAGAAGUUGGCUGUUGCUGGUGCUUCUUAACUUUUUUUUUUCUUUCCUUCAUUAUAUUACCAACAAAAUAAAAUAAAAUAAAAAA